ACGGACGCGCGCGUUGUGCUGCAGUUAGCGUGACCUCUGCUCUGCUGAUACUCAACGUCGAGUCAAUGUAGAAUUGCAUUUGCAACCAGUAUUGUGCUUUCAUGAUAAGGAGACGUAUGAUACAUGAUGUCUACAAGAAUCAAAAGGAAACCAGCAAAGUAUGCUGAGGAUGAUCCUCCAGCACCUCCAAAGAAAACCCCAAAGAAGCCCCCAGUAUCAUCCACCCCAGAAGUUGACCUGCCCCCCUCAUCAAACACUCCCAAACUGACCACACCCAAGGUGGCCACUCCCAAGGUAGCCACUCCCAAGGUAGCCACACCCAAGGUGACCGCACCGAAACCAAGCAGUACCAAGGCAACCCCAGGCGCCCCAAGGUCUGGUGCCGGCAAACCUAACCAGAAGAAAUCCCCAGAGGGGCAGAAGGAAAAGAAAGUUGACAAGGAUGCUAAAAGACCUCUUCGGAGCUGUGAGAAGAGCAGAUGUCCCGCUAAGAUCCCACAAUGCUUUGCCAAAGCUUCAGACAAAUGCGCUGGUUCUGGAUAUACAGCUCGAUGGUAUCAUCUCUCAGCGGGAGAACAUCACUGCAAUGAAUGCUUUGAUUAUUUCUACAGGAGUCAUCGCCAAGGCUACCAGCGUAUCUCAAACUGGAGGCGUGUUUGGGGCAGCAACGGGAAGACGGAGCCUAGUCUCAAAUCCUACAUGUCGGAUAAAGUGCUUCCGUUCUGGCUUCAAUGUACACAGACUGGCUGUGGCAAGUGGAGGGAGUUCCACUCUACAGAAACCAUAGCCCUGGAGGUUAUACAGAACUUUGUCUGUGGAUUUGAGGCAGGAGCGAAGAAGGGCACACCAUCAGAUCACUGCAGUGUUCUUCAAGACCACAGAGUGGAGCAGACUUUUGAUUUGGAAUGGUUGUCUCUUCUUGUGAUACCGCCCCUCCUCAAGAACUCUCCUGCUGCUCCUUUCCUCACAUCUUACUUUCCUGAUGGAGUCGGUCUCAGUGCAUCCUGCCCCGUUGCAUCGAGAAAUGGAGGUUUAUCCGAAGGGGAUGAAUCUUUUGCUGCAGGAGUGAGUCCCUACUUCCAGCCGUUCUACCAACCCGAUGAACAGGGUAAAGCCCUGUGUAUAUGCCCCGAUGUCAUGGAGCAUGAAGAGGUGGAGGAGUUUCCGGAGUUUGAAAGGGAACAGCAGAUGUACCUUGCUCUCAGGAAUCUGGUCCUGGCUCUGUGGGCGCAGAACUGUAAAGAAUUCUUGACAGCUCAUACCUGCACUCAAAGACUGGUUGUACGAGGCCUGGUGAGGAUAAAGUGUGCGGAGAUCCUGGAACCGAUCGUGGCCUUCCUGACCCGCAAGGGACUUAUCAACACAGGACUUCUCAGGGACCCUCCCAAAGAGCUCCAAGUCUGUCGAGAUGUAGAGGUGGGCAAAGUAAUAGUCAUUGGAGCUGGAGUCGCGGGAUUGUCCGCAGCCCGUCACCUGACCAACCUGGGUUGUGAUGUCACAAUGCUGGAGGCUCGGGACAGGAUCGGAGGAAGGGUGUGGGACGACCACUCAUUAGGCUCCUGUGUGGGUAAAGGAGCUCAGAUUGUCAAUGGAUGCAUCAAUAAUCCCAUUGCACUCAUGUGUGAACAGGGCGGUUUCAAGCUUCGUAAGAUGCAUGAGAGGUGUGACCUGCUGGGAGAAGGAGGGGUAGUGACCGAUUCACACGUAGACAAACGGGUCGAGUUUCAUUUCAAUGCUAUGUUAGAUGCCAUCGCUGAAUGGAGAAAAGACAAGUUCUCAAGCUCAGACUCGCCGCUAGGAAAGAAAAUCAUGGAGAUGCACCAAACGUUCAUGGAUGAAACCAAUUUAACAUUCACAGAGGAAGAAGACAAACUCUUACAGUUCCACAUCAGUAAUCUAGAGUAUGCGUGUGGCAGUAAUCUAGCAAAGGUUUCCUCCCUGCAUUGGGAUCAGAACGAAGCCUUUGCCCAAUUCGCUGGAGACCAUUGUCUCCUGAAAGAAGGCUAUCAAGUUGUCUUUACCGAACUUGCCAAGGAUCUUGAUGUAAGACUACAGCAUCAGGUCACCGCUGUGGAUCAUUCAUCGGAUGAUAUCGUUGUGACAACCAAGGAUGGUCAGACAUUCACAGCUCAGAAAGUGUUAGUGACCAUACCUCUAGUGUUGCUGCAGUCGAAUGCAAUCAACUUCACACCGCCUCUACCUGAAGACAAAACAGAAGCAAUAAAUAGUUUAGGAGCUGGGAUCAUUGAAAAGAUUGGGCUGCAGUUUCCAUCCCGGUUUUGGGAGAAGAAAACACAAGAGACGGACUACUUUGGUUACAUUCCAACAGAUCCAGCAGACAGGGGGUUCUUCUCAGUGUUUUAUGACAUGUCAAAUGAGAACACAGAGAGUAAUGUCCUGAUGUCAAUAAUCAGUGGUGAUGCAGUAGAGAAGCUGAAGACGAUGACAGAAGAAGAAGUCAUGGAGAAAUGUUUAUCAUGUCUCAAGAAACUCUUCCCUAAACAGACGGUACCCAACCCCACCAAGUACUUUGUAACCCAAUGGCAUAAAGACGAGUUCGCUGGUAUGUCAUACAGUUUUGUAGCAUCGGGUGCAAGCGGAGAAACAUACGAUAUCCUUGCCGACUGCGUCGAUGACAAAAUAUUCUUUGCAGGAGAGGCAACAAACCGAAGUUUUCCUCAGACAGUAACCGGAGCAUACCUCAGUGGAAUCAGAGAAGCAAACAAGAUUAUUGCAUUAUGAUGCAGUGUAUGAAUGCACCUUAGAUGUGAUAGUGACUUUUGACCAUUUUGAGUGCAUGUUUGUUGGCGUGUUCACAUGUCAGAGAAAACACAUGCUCCGGUUAUCAUAUGCAUCUGAUCACGGUGAGGAUUGAGUUGUGGUAACAUGCCAUCUCAUCAAACAAGUCGAGCUGAAUAAUCAUGCCAAGGUGGUCUGCCAAUGACAUCAUGGAGAGGCAGUCACGUUUCAGAUCUCGUGUGAAUGCAUCGUGUUCAUUGAUGAUGAUAUGUGUUGUGAAAGAUGGGCCUGUUCACACUAGAUCGUAGUUGGGUUUCGACCAACAGUUCAUAGCUCGGAGGAUUUCCCCAAAUCGGUGUCGUCUUUUGCAUGCAACCUCAUCUUCCAAGUGAUGACAGCGACAGGUCCUAUUUGAAUAGUUCAUGAUCUUAAUUAGUUUUAGAUGAUGACUUGUAGCGCAGUCAAUGGAAUGGUAAAUCAUCAUCAUCUACUGUAGUCCCGUACCUUUGGAAAAGGGUCAGGAUUGUUGACCUCCAUUGCCUUUUGUAAUGUAAAUACACUAUUCUGAAUAUCAUUCUCCAGAUCAGUGAGUAUCACCCAACAGUACUGCAGAUUAUCAACAUCGAUGAUUCAGAAACCUUUGCAUGAAAUUAAAUUUUAGUAUACUGGUUAAUAAGAAGACAUUUGAAGAUCUUGGAUAAACUUUUAUUCCGGUUUUAAUCCUAAAUGCUUUGCAAUUCAAUUUAUUCAAAAUAAAAUACCUUGUACAUAAAAAUGUUAGCAGAUUAUUUUUCUUACACAACUGUUAACAAUUAAUCUUGAUGUAACGAUGUAGAAAAUAACAUAUCUAUAUGAUAAUUAGUGUUCUAUUACCUUCAAGAACAAUUUGUAUUCUUUAUGAUAAACCACAAGCAUCAUUAUUAAUACCCCGUCUUCACAGACACUUUUCUGACCGCCCUAUCCCCAUAAAAGCAGGGCGAAAAAAAAAUCCCCCUUCCUGCUAAGACGCUCCCUCUGGGAGAAAAGCGGGACUAUAUCGGAAAAGAUUUUUCAAAAUUUCAGCCUGCUCCAACAAAGGUGGAUGCGGGGUAGAAAAACAAUUCAACCCAGCUAAUACCCUGUAACAUGUUCUGGGAGAAAAGCGGGAUUGUGUCAAGAAGGAUUUUUCGGGG